AUGUUGGGCCCUACCACCCUCAUUCAAUCCCACGAAUAUACAGAAAUGUCUCGUUUAGCCGACUACUUUGUUGUAGUGGGCUAUGAUCAUGAGAAAGAAAGAGCUGGUAUUAGUAGUGGGAUUAUUCUACAAAGAUUUCCAGAAAAAGAUUGGUCUGAUACGCCAUUUAUCGAGGGUAUAGAAUGGUUUUGUCAACCGCAAGGAUGGGCUUUGUCUACGGAAAGACAAGAGCCACGCUUCUUUGUAUCCAUAUUAACGGAUAUCGAUGCCAAUCGUCAUUAUUGCGCUUGUAUGUGUUUUAACGAGACGGUUUCUAUAAUGCCAAGUAAGCCUGUAGAUGAAGAGGAAGAUCCUGUUGACAAUGAUAACCGUUCUUUGGUUAGAUCGAUGCCCUCCAUCGCGCAUCAUAGUAUUAUGUAUGCUCCUAAAUGUCUGGUGCUGGUCUCCAGACUAGAUUAUAUCGAGACCUUUAGGAAUUGUCUUGGCAUUAUUUACACAGUAUAUGUAGAAAAUCUUGGAAUACCAUUAGAAACAUUAGUAGGAAACAUAUUAGGAUGUAUACAAGUACCACCAGCUGGAGGACCACAAGUACGGUUCAGUAUUGGAGCUAGCGAUCGUCAGGCUCUUCAACCACCAAUUAGUCCUUCGCUUCCGAUAACUCAUACUAGUGUAAAUCUUUUGUUUCAACAAUUAGGCAUUCGCAACGUACUAGUGUUAUUUUGUGCAGUUAUGACAGAGCAUAAGAUACUCUUUCAUUCCGCAAGCUAUUCUAGAUUAACAGAAGGAUGUCGCGCUCUAACUGCAUUGAUGUAUCCAUUCAGAUAUACACACGUUUACAUUCCCCUUCUACCUGCGGCUCUAGUCGAAGUACUCAGUACACCUACGCCAUUUAUUAUGGGUGUACACAGUUCGCUCAAGCACGAAGUUGCAGAACUUAUGGACGUGAUAGUAGCUGAUUUAGAUGGCGGAUCUAUAAUGGUUCCCGAUGGAGUAUCACUUUCUUUACUCCCGGAACCACUUCUUUCGCAAACUCAAGAUGCACUGUCUCUCGUAUUACAACCAGAACUUGCUUGCGCAGAUUACGCAUUUCCUCCUCUCGCUACAAGAGCUCCGCAUCCUCCGAUGUUAGAUAAAGAAUUAAGAGCAGUAUUUAUGAGAGCUUUUGCUCAAUUGCUACAGGGUUAUCGCAGUUGUCUUACGUUAAUACGAAUUCAUCCUAAACCAGUUAUUACUUUUCACAAGGCUGCUUUCUUGGGAGAACGUGGUUUAACAGAUUGCGACUUCACAACAAGAGUUUUAGAUUGUAUGUUUUUUACAUCUUUUAUUGCAGAAAGAGGCCCACCAUGGAGGCCUUGCGAUGUAUGGGACGAAUUGUAUAGCAGUUUGAGCGACCAAUUAAAACAAGAAGCACAAGAUCAUAGACUUGUUUUAACACAUAUUCAAGAACUUGCGCAACAAUUGUAUACAAAUGAAAAUCCUAAUCCUCAGCCAUAUGUACAAAAAAUCUUGAAGCCACCAGAAGGAGCUUUUGCAAGAAUUCAUCAACCUCUUUUACCUCGCGUCAAUCCAGAGCAAGUACAAGCAAUUAUAAACGAAGGUCUUGCCAAAAACUGUUUAACUGUUAGAUUAACAUCAUUAAGGCCAAUUCAACCACGUAUUGUACCUAUAGGGCCACACAUUUCAUUUAUUCAUGACACUAGACACUUGGUGAGCAAUUCAGCACGUAGAUUAGAGGUGCUGCGUAAUUGUAUAAAUUGUAUAUUCGAAAAUAAGAUAUCAGACGCACGUAAAACUUUCCCAGCAGUUUUAAGAGCGUUAAAAAGCAAGGCUGCUCGAUUAGCUCUCUGUAUGGAAUUAUCUCAACACGUUGUUGGUAAUAAAGCCAUGCUAGAACAUCAGCAAUUUGAUUUGGUAGUGCGAUUAAUGAAUUGCGCGUUACAAGAUGAUUCCUCGAUGGAUGAACACGGCGUUGCUGCUGCUCUUCUUCCUCUUGCAACUGCAUUUUGUAGAAAACUAUGUACGGGUGUCAUACAAUUUGCAUACACUUGUAUCCAAGAACAUCCUGUAUGGCAAAAUCAACAAUUUUGGGAAGAUGCUUUCUAUCUGGAUGUACAGAAAGACAUAAAACGUUUAUAUCUACCAGGCGAUAAUUCUCCGCCAAGGCUCACAAACGAUAACAUUUUAAAUCCUAUCAGUCCACGAGAAAAUAAGGACUUUCCAUUUCGCGAUCGUUAUUCUAUAUAUCAAACUCAUGAACCCUCGGCUUUAGAAAUCGCUGCCGAACAAAUGAGAAUUUGGCCGACCAUUGAUUCGGAUAAGCAAAAAGAACUUAUAGCGAGCGAAGAAAGUACUAUGUAUAGCCAGACUAUUCAUUACGCUAACAGAAUGGUAUAUUUAUUAGUUCCUCUAGAUAUCGGUGCAAAAACUCAUCGUCAGGAUAACGUGUACGAUGACGAAAGAGCUAGUAACAGUAUUACAAACAGUGUUGCAAGCGAUAGCGGCGAUGCGGAAUCCGGAUUCGAGGAAACUGAUCCCGGAGAAACUGGUAGUGCAGUUAUACGCAUGGUUUCACGAUUCGUAGAUCGUGUUUGUACCGAGGGAGGUGUUAGCGCCGAACACGUUAGGUGUCUUCAUCAAAUGGUUCCUGGCGUUGUUCAUAUGCAUAUUGAAACUCUUGAGGCUGUGCACAGAGAAAGCAAAAGGUUGCCACCAAUACAGAAGCCUAAGAUCUUAACACCCAAUAUGUUACCUGGCGAGGAAGUUAUUAUGGAUGGUUUGCGUGUAUAUCUUCUACCAGAUGGUAGAGAAGAAAGUUCCGCAGGCCUUCCCAAAAUACCACCAUUGUUGCCAGCAGAAGGAGCUAUUUUCCUUACUAAUUAUAGAAUCGUAUUCAAGGGAAUACCGUGCGAUCCAUUUGCUUGCGAGCAGCUAGUAGUUAGAGCUUUUCCCGUUACAUCGUUAACCAAGGAAAAGCGUGUUACCGUACAGCACUUGGCGCAUUUAGAUCAAUGCCUUCAAGAAGGACUGCAAUUACGUUCGUGUACGUUUCAAUUGAUCAAAUUGGCAUUCGACGAAGAAGUUACGCCGGAAAAUAUAGAAACGUUAAGGAAAUUAGUUCACAAAGCACGGUACCCGCCACAUAUAUUUCAUCAUUUCGCAUUUAAUGGUCAAGCAUUCGUUACACAGACUGCCCAUCAUAAAGGAAAGGAAAAAAAUGCUACACUAAAAGGUUUUGCCAAGAAGACUCUCUUGAAGACAGCAAGAAAGGCUGGCUUUAAGCCAAAACAAUCGUCCAAAAGGCAAAAAUAUGUUUUACCAAAUAUGAAUUUAAUGACCAACAAUAAAUACAUGACAUUGCCUGGUCGAAUGAGUUUACCGGUCACCGAUAACAAUGAUUUAAGUCACGACGAUGAUCUCAGCAUUGAUGAUUAUGAAAUACCAGGAAUUGUAAAUCAGCCUCCAACCGAUGCAAAGACUCUGGAACGUCUUUCUGAACGUAGUUAUGUUAGAGAUUGGUAUCGAUUGGGUUUAUAUGCCAAUGGACCAUAUAGCAAUCGACGAAACGAGCCUUUCCGAUUAUCUUCUGUGAAUUGUGCAUAUAUGAUUUGCAGAAGUUAUCCAGCUCUUCUUAUAGUUCCUACAUUUGUGUCGGAUGAAAAUAUCCGAAGGUUUUGUCGGCUUUAUCGACAUAGUAGAAUUCCAGUUAUUACUUGGAGGCAUCCAAGAACUAAAGCACUUCUUGUCAGGGGUGCUGGUUAUCACGGUAAAGGUGUCAUGGGUAUGUUGAAGGCUCAUCCAACGUCUACCGCUAAUUUAAAAGCAACUUCAUCUGAAACAACGUCUUCCUUGGAGCAAGAAAAAUAUCUUAUGGCUCUUGUAGCUGCUACUCCGUUAUCUGUAUUACGUCAAGGUUCAGCAUGGGGCAUGUCCGAUUCCUCUCUCAGCAUAGAUUCAUUAUUAUUAGCUGCAGAAGAUCGUAAUGCCACUCCCGAACAAACUAGACGAAAUCCUUUUAAUAAAGCCAUAGGUACAUUAGGAUCAUCAGGUGGUAAAGGAGCCAAAAAUUUUGGACGAUGGGGUUCACUCAAAGAUAAAAGGCAUAAUUCUCAAGCUUCAUUAACUUCUGUUCAUCAACGUGGUACGGUGAGACAUUCUGCUGACUCGGAUAGCGGAACAGAAUGUGUUCAUACUUUUCAACGCGCAGCCCUUUAUAUACUUGGAGAAAAAUCUCACAUGAAGGGUGUUAAAGCGGAAUCAACUCCUAAAACUGAUUUUAUACCAGUAGAAUAUUUUGACGUUAGGCAUACCAAAGCUGCAUUUAAAAAACUUAUGCGAGCAUGUGUUCCAAGUUCUCCAAAUGUUGAACCUGAUCAAAGUUUUUACAAAUUAAUUGAAAGUUCAGAAUGGUUACAACAAUUACAAAAUUUAAUGCAAUUAUCCGGAGCCGUAAUAGAUCUGAUGGACGUGCAAGGUUCAUCAGUGGCAGUUUGUUUAGAAGAUGGCUGGGAUACGACAGCAACCGUUUGUUCAGUUGCUCAAGUUUGUCUCGAUCCACAUUACAGAACUAUUGAAGGUUUUCGAACUUUGAUAGAAAAAGAAUGGCUUGGUUUUGGUCAUAGAUUUGGCCAUAGGAGUAAUUUAGCUGCGAAUUCACAAACGACCAAUUUCACGCCUACGUUUCUUCAAUUUCUCGAUAUAAUACAUCAAAUUCAAAAGCAGUUCCCAUUGGCAUUUGAAUUUAAUGAUUAUUAUCUCAGAUUUUUGGCAUAUCAUUCGGUGUCUUGUCGAUUCCGCACAUUUUUGUUAGAUUGUGAAUCAGACAGAGUUGAGUGUGGUAUUGCUGCGGUAGAAGAUAAGAGAGGUUCUUUGACGAGCCAUCACAAAGGUGUAGAUACUGGUAGCGACGAUGAAACUAUUUAUCCUGGUGGUAGAUUAGUUGGAACGAAUACUGGUUGUAACUUAGGUCAGAGUAUAUUUGAUUAUAUCGAAAGACAAAAUGCAAGAUGUCCUCUGUUUUAUAAUUUUAUGUAUUCGCCAAAUACUGAAUAUUACGUUCUGAGACCAGUUUCACAUUUGCCAAAUCUCGAUAUUUGGCAAUAUUAUUUAGAAGAAGAAUUGGCCCAUGGGCCGGCUUACGAUUUGGAGGUUUUGCAACAAGAUUCUCAACAAGAAGAAGAAGCCGAGGCUGCCGAUGGUAUUGUCAAGAGUAAUCGAAAAGUAGUCACGCAAGGAUAUGAUGGAGUUAGUGUUAUGGUACCUGAUCAAUUUGCUCAUCUUUUGGAAGAAAUUCAUAAAUUAGAAACUGAAUUGGGACAUUUACCGCAAAAAUGGAAAGUUCUUUGGGAUAAACUUGAAUUACCUAAUACGGAUUCUUUGGCUCGACACGCGUCAUUUAGUACAGCACUUGUAAGAUAUCACGGUAGAUUAAUACAUAAGCGUUCUACUUUCGAACUUUUAUUAAGAGGAAAAUUAGCUGGCGGAAAUACAGCUGGUAACGAAGGUUCUGUUUAUGCGCACCCACACAGGUUCGACAGAUUAGAUUCAGCGACUCCGACUCAUUGCGAUGCGUGCUCCGGUCUUUUAUGGGGACCCGUAAAGGCUGGUUUGCGAUGCGUCGAUUGUGGUCACGUUUGUCAUGAUAAAUGUGCAGACGCGGUGCCAAAAAAUUGUACAAAAUACAAGGCAGUAACUGAUAAUUUACAGACUCAUACUCUUACGCGAAGUGGAGGAGAUAAUGGAAGUGUUAAUUCGAGCGUAACCACGAUACAAACGUCAUCACAACAAUAUUAUGAUCAAUUCUCCAGUAACGUUGCAGAAAAUAGAACUCACGAAGGAUAUCUUUACAAACGAGGUGCUCUGCUAAAGGGUUGGAAACAAAGAUGGUUUGUGUUGGAUUCUAUCAAGCAUCAAUUAAGGUAUUACGAUGCAAUGGAAGAUUCCCAUUGCAAAGGGUAUAUAGAUUUGGCAGAAGUUGUGUCUGUAACUCCAGCUGCGCCGAUGCCAGGACCACCAAAGAAAACAGAUGACAAGUCAUUUUUUGAUCUCCGUACAAAUCGAAGGACAUACAAUUUUUGUGCCGGUGAUGCAGCGACCGCGCAAGAAUGGAUCGAGAAGGUCCAAGCAUGUUUACAGUAA